AGGGGUGGGGUCGGGGGGCGGAGCUGGAGGGGGCUGGUUCGGCGCGGGGGCCGUUGGCUCCAGACAAAUAAACAUGGAGUCCAUCUUCCACGAGAAACAAGAAGGCUCGCUUUGUGCUCAACAUUGCUUGAAUAAUCUAUUGCAAGGAGAAUAUUUUAGCCCUGUGGAAUUAUCCUCCAUCGCACAUCAGCUGGAUGAAGAAGAAAGGAUGAGAAUGGCAGAAGGAGGAGUUACUAGUGAAGACUAUCGCACAUUUUUACAGCAGCCUUCUGGAAAUAUGGAUGACAGUGGCUUUUUUUCUAUUCAGGUUAUAAGCAAUGCCUUGAAAGUUUGGGGUUUAGAACUAAUCCUGUUCAACAGUCCAGAGUAUCAGAGGCUCAGGAUUGAUCCUAUAAAUGAAAAAUCAUUUAUAUGCAAUUAUAAAGAACACUGGUUUACAGUUAGAAAAUUAGGAAAACAGUGGUUUAACUUGAAUUCUCUUUUGACGGGUCCAGAAUUAAUAUCAGAUACAUACCUUGCACUUUUCUUGGCUCAAUUACAACAGGAAGGUUAUUCUAUAUUUGUUGUUAAGGGUGAUCUACCAGAUUGUGAAGCUGACCAGCUUCUGCAGAUGAUAAGGGUCCAACAGAUGCACCGACCAAAACUUAUUGGAGAAGAAUUAGCACAACUAAAAGAACAAAGAGUCCUUAGAACAGACCUGGAACGGGUUUUAGAAGCAAAUGAUGGAUCAGGAAUGUUAGAUGAAGAUGAGGAGGAUUUGCAGAGGGCUCUGGCACUAAGUCGCCAGGAAAUUGACAUGGAAGAUGAAGAAGCAGAUCUCCGCAGGGCUAUUCAGCUCAGUAUGCAAGGUAGUUCCAGAAAUAUAUCUCAAGAUAUUCCCCAGACAUCAGGUACAAAUCUUACUUCAGAAGAGCUGCGGAAAAGAAGAGAAGCCUACUUUGAAAAGCAACAGCAGCAACAACAGCAGAAGCAGCAGCAGCAGCAGCAGCAGCAGCAGCAAGUAGAUCCACCAGGACAGGUCUCACAUCCAUGUGAAAGGCCAACCACAAGUUCAGGAGCACGUGGGAGUGAUCGAGGUGAUUCCAUGAGUGAAGAAGACACGCUUCAGGCAGCUGUGACCAUGUCCUUAGAAACUGUUAAAAAUAAUAUGAAAACAGAAGGAAAAAAAUAAUACCUUUAAAAAAUAUCAUCUAGAUAUUCACACUUUCCAACCUUGUCCUGUGUGGUUACAGCAUAGGGUCCAUUUUGGUAAUGUGUCAAAGAGCAAUGUUCAUCAGAGGAAAUAAGACCUUUAGGUGGUUUGCAAACACAAUGAGGAGAAAGUGAAAAAAUGCAUCAGUUGAAGCACUAAAUAAUGAUCCUCCAAAGACUAGCCCAAAAGCUAGUCAGCAAUUAAAAAAUUUAAAAUGGUUUUCUAAA